CUCAAGUCCAUGGACUCCACAGGCACCCCGUUUCAAAUGUCGACUACAGUGGAUGUUUCGAAAACUUACAAAAAAGUUUAAUUUUUCUCCGCGCAAAAAUCCUUCAUCUGAUCCAACGUUCAACCACUUUAUUGUGACCAAAGAGGUUUUAUCUCCAAUAGUUUAUUAGUCAAUAUGCUAUUAACCCUUCCUGGAUCCCUGACAAGAUUUCUGCUGGUCCAGAGCCCGAGUAAAGAAGGUUUGGUCUCUCCCAAACGUAAAUCACUUGAUCGAUAUGAAAGAAUUGGAAAUUUAUUAGAACAAUUUUUAAAAGGAAAGCUACAGCAUAUUCAUAAAUUUACUGAUUUACCAGAUGGUUAUUUCCUAAUUGAUGAAAUUAUCCAAUUACCUGAAUUCAAAAAAGAACAUUGUACAUAUGAUGAAAUUAUUGAUGUUGUACAUAAUGAUGCAUUAUUACGAUUCAGUGUUAGAGGAUCAAAAGUUCGCUUGAAACCGCCUGAAUUAAAUAAAGACCCUGAUGUAAUUUUAUCAAAAAAGUUAGCUUGGAUUCUACGUCAUGGAGCAGAGAAUGUCGGAAUGAAAUAUGAACCUGGUGGUUACCUUUAUGUAGAUAAAAUACUUCAAUUGAAACCAUUUCAAGGGGUUCGACUAGAAGAUAUUUCACGUGUUGUUAAUUCGAACGAUAAAAAACGCUAUGAACUGUCGACAAAUCCAGAAAAUGGCCGGUUAAGAAUCAGAGCUUACCAAGGUCAUACUGUUACAAUCGAAGGAUUAGAUAUUUCGUUGAUUGAAAAUCCUGAAGAUUACCCAACUGUUAUCCAUGGUACGUAUUUUCGUAAUUGGGAUUCAAUACGUAGAGAGGGCUUAAAACGUAUGCAACGUACUCAUAUACAUUUUGCACCGGGUGAAGUUGGUGAAACUGGUGUGAUAAGUGGUAUGCGUUCAAGUGCUGAGAUUAUUAUUUAUAUUGAUUUAAUUAAAGCAAUAAAUGAUGGAUAUAAAUUUUACUUAUCAAAAAAUAAUGUUAUUCUAUGUGAAGGAAAUAAAGAAGGUUGUUUACCGACGAAAUAUUUUCGUGCAGCUUAUCAACGUAAUCCACGUCUUAAACUUUCACUCACUCCGUAAAACAGCUGACUUGAAUAAAGCUUCUCGUAUAAAGAACAUACUUAUAUUUGUUGUGUAUAAAAAUAAAAUUCUCACAAACAUUCUGAUACAAAAGUACAAAAUUCGGUCAAUACAGUUAUAUCGUGAUUAUGUUUACUUCCAGUUUCAACUCUACGUUAGUGCACUACACUUGAACAGCCCACUUUCAUAUAUUUAUCUAUAUCUUUUGUUUUCUGUUAUAUAAUAUAAACUACUUUUACUCUAAACGAGUAGUUUGUUGUUUUGGAGACUAUUUUAUUUUAUUUUCCAGAUAGAUAUUCAGAUUCGUUUGACUGAUUUUUGACUUUUUGGUUUGCUAUUGUAUAACAUAUAUAUAAUUUUUUUAUAUUUGGAUUUUACUGAGCUGCAUAUUCUUAUGCAUAUUACAUAGAAUUGUACACAUUUGAAUUACUACAUUAUAAAGAGUUAUUAUCAG